GGGGAAAGCAAGCAGGACGCUGGAGAAGUGGGACAACCUCUUCCCUGCCUUCAUACAGGCCAAGACCCUCAUCUCAUCUCCAGAAGGAACCUUUCCUCGCAAUCCCACUUUUGUCGCAUCAUCCACAACUUCCUGUUCCUCUGCAAGCCACCCAGGAUCCUAUGAGUCAGCAGAGAUGUUCCAGCUCUGGAGCAAUGAGAUGCCAUCAGGUUCCCACACAACCAUGGCUUUUGGGCUGCCCAAGGUGCCAUAUCAUGGCCAGAUGGUGCCUGGUGGUGGCAACAGCUCUGGUAAUGAACUGCCUCUGACACCACCAGCUGAGCCUACCUAUUCUUUCGAAUUGUCCUCUGUGAAGAUGUUGGCCCCUUCAGUGGCCCCUUCAUACACUUUCUCAGAAGCCCAGGACUUCUCCAGCUUUUUGCAAGGCCCUCGGCCUUUGGGGCCAACGGUUCCUCCAGGGACCACAUCAACUGAUGAUGCCCCAUGGUGGAGCCUACAGCAACCUAGCAGUUUUUCUCUGAGCCGGCCAUUGGUCUUAAGCCCCCAGCCACCCCUUGCUGCCCUCCUGCAAGGCACCCCCAAGGCAUUGCUGGGCACAGCCCGCCGCUGCCGUCGAUGCAAGUGUCCCAACUGCCAGGCAGUGAAUGGGGUAAAUGAGGAGCCUGGGAGGAAGAAGCAACAUAUCUGCCAUCUGCCAGGUUGUGGCAAGGUCUAUGGCAAAACGUCUCAUUUGAAGGCCCACCUCCGUUGGCAUGCAGGCGAGCGGCCCUUCAUCUGCUCCUGGCUGUACUGUGGGAAAAGCUUCACCCGCUCAGAUGAGCUGCAGAGGCAUCUCCGGACACACACAGGUGAGAAGCGUUUUGGCUGCCAGAUGUGCCCUAAGAGGUUCAUGCGGAGUGACCACCUGGCAAAACAUGUCAAGACCCACCAGGGGAAGCGCAUGCGGGGCAUGGCAGUGAUGGCGGCGGCAGCAAUCGGCAUCAAGAGGGAAUGAAAUGGCAGAUGGAUUGGAAGACAUUGAGCCAGAAAGGUUUAGUGGAGAAAGACUUAUGAUUCACUUGAGCUUACAU